AUGAGAAACAUUUCCAAAACAUACUCUGUCUUUCUCAUUUUAUUACCAGCAACAGUUAGGGUUCAAGGUCGGCAUCUGGCAGAACUAGUUUCAGAUGGCGUUCAAAAAGUUCAACACAACGAAACUUCUCACUUAGUUCUCAAAGGAAUUGAUGAUGAGUCCUUUGAGGAGCACUGUAAACAAAUGUAUGGCUUCUUGCCAUGCACAAACAAUAUUUUUGGCCAUCUCUUUCUGAUUUUGGUGUAUGAGUAUUUGUUGUUCCAUGGAGAAUCAUAUUUGGCUAAAGGAGGAGAACAGAUCUUCAAGAUUCUUGGUCCUGGUAUCUUUGGUGCUAGUGCUUUUCACAUCCUGGGUGCCCUUCCAGAGCCCUUGAUUCUUCUUGGUAUGUCAUCUCUUAUCCUUUUUGCCUUGAGAUAA